AUGAAGGAGCAGGCCAAAGGUCGAGUAUUCGUUCCUAUACAUUACAUACGCUUUUAUCGCCAUUACUCAUUUUUCAGCCUAACCCACUGCGACUCUCCCCGCACAGUGAUCGCUCAGGCAGUGCGGCGUCUGAAGGUACCGCCUCAUCCGAGGAGUUCUUUGACGUUGCGUGCAACUGAGACGAUUGCUGACUGCAUCGUCACUGAUGCCUGGAAGUGCGUUGGGGAGGGAGAAUUGGCCGACCGUCUCCCAUUUCUACUCGAGUUCAAUGCACUUGCUCGCCUCUUUACUCGAUGUCUACGGUCGAGUUCAACGCCAAUCUUUACUGCAUUUCCAGCAGAUCACGGGACUGUUGAUGAGUCACGACCGACGAAUCAGAUUCUUGCACGUGUCCAGCAAGUGGGUUGGUGCUGUCCUGAUAUUUCUUCUCUUGCAUUCACCUCAGCUGAAGCAUCGGCGCAGCGACAGCAGCGCCAGCACCACCUGCAGCAGGUGGAAGAAAGUCGUGAACGCCGAGUGCCCAUUACCUCCAGUCCAUUGAAGAUGGGUUCUUUGCAUCCGCCUUCGGCAUUGAAAGGAAGGAUUACAACCAAUGGAACCGUUACGAUGCCUUUCUUUGGCACCUCUCCGGAACCAGAGGACCUCACCGAUAACUCGUGGUUUCGAGGCCCUCCCUCUAAUCACAAUGGGUCACGUUCUUCUCUUAGCACUCAGAAGUGCAAUCCCCGUUCUACUGUGCGAAUUCAGUGUGAUUCCGGUAUCGAGGCUGGCAAUCACUGCUCCAACGACGUCCAGGAAAGCAGCCUGGAUGACGGUCGUAUCGAGUCUCUUCCCGAUUGUGAGUUUUGUAUCUGCUAA